AUGGGCGCUGUCUUACAGGCUUGGCAUAAUGAGUAUUCUCAACAGCAAUUGGCAAAUCAAGGCACAAAAUGGCAUUUUCUACCACCUGGCGCACCACAUCAAGGUGGGCUAUGGGAAACUGCCGUUAAGUCAACAAAGAACCACUUACUACGCAUUGUUGGCACUCAUUCAAUUUACUAUUACCAGCUACAUACUCUACUUGUGCACGUCGAGGCUUGCUUGAAGUCACGUCCGCUUAUACCAUUGCCCGACACUUGUGACAAGAAGAUGGCUCUAUCACCUGCUGAUUUCCUAAUCGGAAGAUCUCUACUGACAGUAGCAGAUGAACAUAUUGGCAAGGUACCUAGCAACAAAUUGUCAUGUUGGCGACAAUUAAGACAAAUGCAACAGCAUGUUUGGCGACAAUGGCACGAUGAAUAUCUUUCACUUUGCAACCACGUUCCAAAUGGGUUCAGAAUAGUGACCAUAUCAACAUAG